AUGCCGAACGAUUUGAAAGACAAAGUUGUUUUAAUUACGGGGGCGGCCAUUGGGAUAGGCGCAGCUUCUGUAAAAAUAUUUCUUGAAGAAGGAGUGAAGCAUAUCGCAAUAACAGACAUCGACGUUAAUGCGGGAAAACAACUGGAACAGGAUCUAAACUCUAAAUACCCCGGUCGAGUCUCGUUCAUAAAGUGUGACGUCACCAAUGAUGAAGAACUGUUUGCUGCUUACGAUCAGGUUUUGAAACAAUACGGCUAUAUCGACUUUGUUAUUAACAACGCGGGUCUGAUGAACGAUGGCCCUAAGGUGUACAAGAAGGAGAUUGAAGUGAACGUAGCAGCCCUCGUUACCAGUACGUUAAAAGCAUGGGAGCUUAUGCGUAAAGACAAGUCUGGACGAGGUGGUGUUAUUGUCAACAUAGCUUCUGUAGCGGCAUUAGUCCACUCUCCCUAUAUGCCCAUAUAUAACAGCACUAAGAGCGCAGUAUUGCAGUUCAGUAAUUGUAUUGGGACCACAGAAAAUUAUGAAAAGACAGGCGUCAAAGUAAUAACUGUCUGUUAUGGAGUAACAAAAACUAGUCUCCUGUCUAAACAUAAAAUGCAAAACUUUUCUGAUAUUCAUGAAGAUUUGGAGGAAGUCUUGAAGCAAUUUCCCGCUCAAAGCGCUGAGGAGGCUGCACAAGGCUUAGUUGACGCUUGCAAACGAGGCGAAAGUGCAAGCACUUGGCUUGUGACAGACGGUAAAGGUGCCAGAGACAUUACUCCUGUUGUGCAGGAAGCCUACUCUUUAUUCCAUGAAGCAAUUAUGCAGAACUAA